UUUCCUAAAACAGCUUCUAGAAAGUGAAGUGGUGGAAGAUUGGUUGCACCAAUCUCGACCACCGUCGCCACGGUGGAGUGGAGAAAACGGAGGACCUCCGUUACGGCGGCGAGCUGGAGGAGUAACCUGAACCCAAACAUCAAAUUUAAAUGAUUCACAUUUCCACAUUUGGAAAAACUUGAACUCAAUAACUGCGGGGACGGUAAAAUCAUCAAGGUAUCCCUAUUUUGUAUAUCUUUGUUAUUCGUGAAUCUAAACUUGAUGAUUUUAAGUCAGCAUAUAUUUUUAAAUGAAUAAUGUUCAAGCCUGCAAAAAACAUUAAAAUUCAAAGGAUGAUUAAACAUGCGGAUUUUUUAAACAAGUAAUUUUAUGUUGGGACAAAAAAGAAAACAUAAUAAUUUUAUGUGAACUAAAAACAUUUAAUUUUUUUAAACAAAUACAUUUUUUUAGAGUGUGUCUACUAAUAUGCACCUCUUAAAAUUGGUUCAAGGGUGGUUUACUAUAUUUAGUAAACAAUGAGAUUUAUAUUAAUAAAAUAUGAAGAACAGAAAAAAUAUUUUAUUAUAAUUUACUAAAAUAAAGAAGGGUCCACCUUUGGAUGGUCCAUAUUAAAUAUUAGAAAAAAUAGCGAGUUCAUCUAUCUGAGAACUCUUAUUUAUAGAGAAGAUGAACUAAGUGGUUGCCACUUAAGUGAAAGAAUAAAAAUGAGAAAUAUAUAAAUAAAAAUAAAGAGAUACAAAGACCAUGCAGACAUUAAACAUAUUCCUGGUACAACCAAGCUGAAAAUAAAUCAUGGAAAUACAAACCAAAUAGAUCAACCUUAAUCAAUCCUAACAAAACAAUCACUCAUUACGAACGCAACUCAGUGAACUCGCGUACGGGUAUGAAAUCAGGUUACAAAAAAAAUGACGAGUAAGCGUCUGUAGGAUCAAACAAGGUUCAUAAUUGACGAAUGGAUUGGCCGCAAACGUGGUAUCAAGAUUCAUGUACCAACAACCAUUGAACAAAGCAAUAGGCAUAAAAGCUCUUUUGAGCAUAACAGUCUGAUCACAAUCAAAAAGACUAAGAUGGAUAAGAAGUCAGUACUAGAGAGUAGCCCGCCCGUCUUCAGUCUUGCAGAUCUCAACAAACGUGGAAUAUCAGAGAAUCAAGCAAGCACAGAAACACCAAAUCAACCGAUUUCAAAGACGUGUUUGAUCUCAGAUCGAGGGAUGAGUUCAAUAUGUUAGUAACCAAACAACCCUUUUGAGUUAAGACAACCAGACCCUUUCGGGUUUGAGAAUCCAAGCCACCGCAAAAAAGGCCAUAUCUAUUGCCACCACCCACUCUCAUAACAGAAACACACGGCAAACACACAAAACAAAAAUGAACAACAACACAGACCAAAACAAACAACAACACAAAGCAAAAAUAAAAAAACGGUGAAACAAGUUGAACUUAGGUUUGCAAUUUUUGUAAUAAAGUGCAACAAGUUGAAAUAUGUAUUUCCAAUCUCCAUAUGUAAAGAGCUUCCUGAGCUAAAUGUUCUGAUGAUAAGAGAAUCAGAUGAGCUAGAGGAAAUAUUUGUAAUUGAAGGUGAUGAUCAGAAAGUGAAGAUUCCAAAUCUAGAAUGUGUAGUAUUUGAAAAUCUACCAAUCCUCAGUCAUGCCCAGAGAAUUCAAUUUCAAGCUGUAAAAAAUCGUUUCAUACGGAAUUGUCAAAAACUCUCUCUGGAAUCAACAAAAAUACAUGCCUUGUCUGCUUCAUAUUUUCGCAACGAUCCUGAAUUGUGUAGGUAUUUCAAGACUCUGUUUCGACAACAACUACAAAAAGAGACCAAAGGCAACAAUAGUGGUAAUGAAAAUCCAGAAACCUCUAAAAAAAUUGCCGUUGGGGUUGAAGUUAAAGCAUCAUCAGAACAUGAGCUGACUUCUCCAAAGAAAAAAAUGAAACGGACACCAGAGACAGAGCAUGAACUUGUGGAAAAUGUUCCCGAUUUAGAAAUACCAACAAAUUCAAAAGAGUUGAUGAAUGAACAAUCGAUGGAACAGCAACGUCUACUUGGAGAACCUGAUACUACCAUCAAACUCUGUUGUCAAUAGCGGCCUAACGCGGCGCGGUCGCGUUGCGCGUUAGGCAAAAGCGGCUGAAAACCGGGUUUUGCGGCCGCUUUUCGUGGAGCGGGAGCGGGUCUAGCGCGGCACGUUUCCGGGUCGAAGCGAAAUUACAGAAUUACCCCUCACUUAAGUGACAUUAGAAAGGUUAAUUUUGUAAUUUUCAAAGCCCUAUUUCUUCACUUCAUUCCAUCGUACAGAGAACAGCCGCUUCUUUUCCUCUUCUCCCAAUUCAAUCGUACAACACUAUUAGGUUUUCACUUCAUCUCUUCACUUCAUUCCAUCAUCUCUUCACUUCAUCUCUCAGCUGCUCAGAUCUUUCACCUCAUCCAUCAUUCCAUAUCUCAGCUGCUCAUAAUUAUUGAAUUCGAAGUUUUAUUUCAUGUUUAGUACUUUUGUUACUUUAAGCUUUAGAGGCUUAAAGUGUUUGCUACCUUGAAUUUUAUUAGUAUUUCUUGCAAGUAUGUUCUUAUGUUUUGCCUAAGACAUGUUUUAUUUCAAAUUAUGAAUUGAGUAAUAUUUAAGUUGUUUUAGUA